AUGUCAAUAAUAAUUAUUCUUUUAUCCUCACUUUAUUUAACAUAAUAGAUUUCAUUUAUUGGAUAGACUGCUACAGGUAAGAUUAAUUAAAUAUAAUUUAGAACGAUAUUUUCCAUAAAUCAUGAAUUGGAUAAAGAAAUAAGAUUAAAAAAUUGAUCAAAGGGUUGCAUUUGAGUCGAUAUAAUUGAUGUUUAAACUUGUAGAAGAAGAACUUUCUUAUGAAACAGAAAAUAAUGAAUUCUUAGAGUUGUUCUAACAAUAAGUAUUAAUAUUCAUUUCAUUUUUUUAGAUUUACAAUCUCUGUUAAUCUAAAGCAGAAUCUGAACUACAAACUUAUUAAGCAAUGAUUAAAUUUUUAAAUGAAGAACUUAAAAAUGAUGUCAAUUACUUCAAAAACAUGAUCAAGGAUAAAGAAAAAAUGUUGGAAUAAGAUAUCAAAGAAAUUGAAAAAUUAAAAAAAUAAACCAAAGAUAAGAGUAAAAUUCAAUAGAAACUAAAAGAAAUUAAUUUUCUCAUUAAAGAAAUAGAUAAAAAUUUAGAAAUCGGCACUUCGGAAAAAUUAUAUGGAUUACUUGAAAUUAUAGAAUCUAAAGCAGUUAUUGGGUUAUUUUAAUAUUAAAAUGAAUAUUUUGAAAUUUAAUAGUACUUAAAAAAUGUAGAUUUGCUUUUUAAAUCAAGAAAUUUUUAGUAAGAUAAAGUAAUUUUAUCAUAAUUCAUUUUUAGUUUGAAAUUAUCAACUUAAUUUCUAUGGUGAAAAAUGUUCUUUUAGAUUUACAUUAAAAUAUUAUUAUCAAAUUGUAGGAUGAACAAUUAGAAGAAUUUGAAGCAAUGUCUUUUUUUGAAAAUAGUAAAGUUACUCAUCAAAAUGCAAGAGAUUACUUUUAAAAUGAACUUCAUUCAUUUUUAGGUAUUUGUAAUUGAUUUAAAAGAAACCUUAAUAAAAAAAUGGGAAAAUCUCAUAUUGAUUCAAUAGAAUACAUAAGAGAAUUCAGAAAUCUUUAGAAAUCUGUUUUAGCAACUUAUUAAGUAAAAUAAUAAACUUAUUGAAACAAACAAUCAUAGUAUACAAUUAAUAAAUUUCUCUAUUAAACAUUUGGAACAAGACUUUUUAGAAUAAAUACAAAGACAAUGA